CACGGCUUCUUUGGUUGAAGAAUCUGGUAUUUUUGGUAGGGAUCAUGAUAAAGAGAGAGUUAUUAACCUUUUGCUCUCGGAUGACGGAAGAGGCGGUGAGAUGUGUGUGAUUGCAGUAGUGGGUAUGGGGGGAAUUGGCAAGACAACGCUUGCUCAGCUUGUCUACAACGACCAGAGGGUGAAGGAGCAUUUUGAUCUUGAGGCAUGGGUGUGUGUUUCACAGGAAUUUGACGUGUUCAGGGUGACGAAAACAUUUCUAGAGGCAGUAACUUCGUCAACAUGUGAUAUUAAGGAUCUGAAUCGGCUUCAAGUUACACUCAAGGAGAAGUUGAUGGGGAAAAAAUUCCUACUUGUUUUAGACGAUGUAUGGAAUAAGAAUUAUGUUGAUUGGGAGGUCUUAAGAAAACCCUUUAAAUUUGGGGAACAAGGAAGCAGUGUGAUUGUAACCACACGUGAUAAUGAUGUUGCAUCCGUUGUACGCUCUAGUGGGACUCAUUCUCUGAAAAGGCUGCCAGAAGAUGAUUGCUGGUCGGUAUUUGCAAACCAUGCAUUUCACAAUGGUAACACACGUCCAGAGCUAGAGGCAGUGGGCAGACAGAUUGUGAAAAAGUGCGAGGGCCUACCUUUAGCCGCCAAAACAAUUGGGGCUCUCUUGUGGUCAAAAUUGGAGGUUGAUGAAUGGGACAAGAUACUGAACAGUGAAAUAUGGGAUCUACGAAUUGGCGAGACACACAUUCUUCCAUCUUUAAGGUUAAGCUAUAAAUAUCUACCCUCACAUCUAAAGCGAUGCUUUGCUUAUUGUUCAAUAUUUCCAAAGGGUUAUGCUUUUGAAAAAGAUCGUUUAGUCUUACUGUGGAUGGCUGAAGGUUUCUUGCAAGAGCCAAACAACAAAACAAUGGAAGAAGUUGGUAAUGAUUACUUCCUUGAUCUUGUAUCAAGAUCAUUGUUUCAACAAUCAAGUGGUGAUAAAUCAUGUUUUGUAAUGCACGACCUUGUCAACGACUUAGCAAAGUUUGUUUCUGGACAAUUUAUCUUUAGGCUAGAGGGUGCCUGUUUUGAUGGAAUUUUGAACAAGACUCGGCACUUGUCGUAUUUCAGAACAAGAUUUGAUAACUUUAAGAAGUUUGAGGCUCUUUAUGAGGUUAAGUGGUUGCGCACCUUCUUGCCAUUAGAAUUCUCCAUAUUGGACAACAAUGUAUCUAAAAAGGUACCGGAUGUUCUAUUGCCGAAGCUAAGAUGUUUACGGGUACUCUCUUUGUCUCAUUAUGAAAAUUUGGCUAAGUUGCCUGAUUCAAUUGGCAAAAUUAAGCAACUACAUUAUUUGGACAUUUCCUUUACUGCAGUUAAAAGGUUACCUGAUUCCUUAUGUAAGUUGAUCAAUUUGCAAACACUCAACUUGUCAUGGUGUAACAAUCUAGUUGGAUUGCCUAGGGAUAUGCGAAAACUCAUUAAACUACGUCAUCUUGAUAUUACUAGAACUGACAUAAUGGAGAUGCCGAUACAAUUGGGCAGCUUAAGAAGUCUGCAAACGUUGACAAAAUUUAUUAUCGGCAGCCGAAAUGGGUCUUCCAUUGGAGAGUUGGGAAAACUUACAAAUCUUCGAGGAAAGAUUGCUAUUUUGAACCUUCAAAAUGUUGUCUCUUCUAUAGAUGCCGCAGAUGCAGGCUUGAAGGACAAGAAGCACAUUGAGGAGUUGGUGUUGGAAUGGAAAGCUGUUUUCCAGAUUGGGUAG